UCCUGCAAAUGCAACCAGACACGACUUAACAGUAACACACAAAAUAAGCCAUAUCUGCGAAGGACAACACCAUACGAGGAAGAAUGAACGAGGAUUAGGGAUUUGUGAUUGCAGUGCCUUCCAAAGAACCAUUCAAUUCUGAAAAUUUUCUUCAUUUCGGGCAAAAAAUUCAUACUUUUUUUAACAAAAUCUGAUAUUGGUGUUGUGGGCAUUUGAAACCAAACCCAAGAUGAACCUUUUACUCCCUCAACACCACCACCUUUCAUUCUCCCAAUGCCCCUUUUUCCACAACCCCAUCAAAACCCUUCAAUUUCUUCCCAAUCCUCCCGCACGUGCUAGCACCGUAAUCCGCAUGGGUGGGGGUCCCCGCACGUACCCGGGUGGCGUGUCGAAGUGGGUGUGGAAAAGGAUGCAGGCGAAGAAGGCGAAGCAGUUACUGAAGGCGCGUCUGUCCAGGGAGCGGCAGAUAUACGAGAUGAGGAAGCGGGCGGAGCUGAAGGCGGCGGUGUCGGAGCUGGAGCGGCCGUGGGAGGUGGUGGAUAGGGCGGCGGCGGCGCCCAAUCUGUUCUCUGUUGGGGCUGAUGAGCAGGUGAAGGUUCUUGCCGACAGGUUUCAGAGGCCUGGUGGGUUUGAUAUGUGGAGUGAGAAGGAUGGGCCUGUGUUGUUUGAGACCCCUGAUGAGUUGCCAUCUGCUAGGUUUUUCCCCAAAGGGGUGGUGCACAGUGUGAAGCCUUAUAGGAGGGUUGAUGGGUAUGGGCUGGUGAAGGAGGGGUAUGAUGAGGAAGGAGGGGGUUUGGUAAAGGGGACUGCUUUUGAUGAUAAGUUGAGUGAGAAGGAAAAUGGGGGAAAGGAGAUUGAGUUUGGUGGACAGCUUAGUGAAAAGGGGAAUUGGGGGAAGAAAUUUGAGUUUGGUGAAGGUUUGAGUGAAAUGGGAAAUGGGAGGAAAGGGGUUGUGUAUGGUGGGGAUUUGAGUGGAAAUGGGAAUGGAAAAGGGGUUUUGUUGGAGGAUGUUGAUGGAGAAAUUUCAUCUUUUAAUGUGAAUUAUGGGAGAAAUGGAGUUGAGGGUGAGGAUGAGGUUGGUUUGAGAAGGAAUGGGAAUAGGAGGAAGCUUUUGUCUGAUAAUGUCGGUAGAAAUGGAGUGCAGUCUCAUGGGAGGAAGGGAGUGGAGGGUGAUGGUAGGUUGAGAAGAAAUGGAAAUGGAAGGAGGGUGUUGUCUGAUGAUGUUGGUAGGUCUAACAAUGGAGGGCGAUCUUCUCGUUUGAAUUAUGAGAGGAAUGCAAAUGGAAGGUUUGAUGGUGGAGAGCAUUCUCCUCCCUCUUCAAAUUUUGGGAGGAAUGAAACAAGUUUUGAUGACAGGUUGAGGAGGAGGAGGGGUAAUGGAAGGAGGGUUUUCUCCAAGGAUGUUAAUGAUGGAUCUAAUGAGUUGCAUUCGGAGGGAGUUAGUUCUGUCAGGAAACAGAGAGGGGGCAAUUCCUUUAGAGGCAGAAGUGGAGGAAAGUUUGCUAACAGGACUUUAGAGUAUGCUUCACCAAGAGGAAGAGGUAGUAGAGGUGCAAGUUCUGAAGUUUAUGACAUGGGUUUGCAACAGGAUGGGAGUUAUGGGUUCCAGCAGAAGCAUGAGGAACCUGAAUCUACAAGUUGAUAGAGCCAUGAAUUCUUAGUCUAAUCAUUGUAGGGGUUCAACAAGUUUUGCUACCAAUUACUGAUGAUUUGUCUAAAAGGGUGCAUGUCAUGUCCUUUUGAUAUGUAUGUCUGAUCUGUACAUGUGGCAAAUCAAAACUAGACUAGUCAAAUGUCAUUGUGUGAAAGUAUAUUUUGUAUAUAUAUUUCAUUUGAAUAUCAAAAGAUAACAUAAA